AUGGCCAGUCCCACUGUUCUCACCUUUGACGCCGAGAGGCGCCCGAUUAAGUUCGAUGUCUGGCUUGAUGACCUUCACCUGUACCUCCAGAUCACUGCCAAGGACGAUGUUUCCCUCUAUGACCACACGUCCGGCGCUGCUCCCGCACCUCCUACUACUGCUGACAGUACUGCUCGCUCACAGUGGCAGACUCGUGACGCCCAUGCUCGCCUAGCCGUUCGCAGCCACCUGCCGCUAGAUGAGCACGAGCACUUCGGCCAGCAUAAGACCGCUAAGGAGCUGUAUGACACUGUAGUUCCCCGCUACUCCUCCCCUGCCACUGCUGCGAUAGGCCGUCCCUCACUGCCCUACCUCUUCCCCAAUCUGUCUGCCUUUGCCACUAUAGCUGACCUCAUCACUCACCUCGGCACUAGUGAUCUCCGCUACCGUGCCGCACUCCCCCCCGAUUUCCUAGCCAAGAACCCCCCCCGAUGUACCUCACCCUCUACCACCUGGUCACUCGCCUCCCUGACUCUCUUCGCGCUGUCAGGGACCACUUUCUCGCUCUCUCCCCCACACACCUCACUGGAUGUUCCCCCUCCCCCCUUCUCCCCUCCAUUGCAUCUGCUGCUGCUGUUGACUACCUCGGUGCCGAGGGGGUCGGAGCUGCGUUCGCUCCCAGUGGGAGGCGCACGGGCGGCAGGGGCAAGGGGGGCCGGGGUGGAGGAGGCGGCGGCGGGGGAGGUGGUGGUGGAGGGGGUGGAGGGGGUGGCGGCGGUGGCGGCAGUGGUGGGAGUGGUGCUAGUGGUGGGGGGGGCAGUGGCGGAGCCGGGGGUGGUGGAGGCGGCGGUGGUGGAGGUGGAGGUGGUGGUGGUGGUAGUGGUGGCGGCGGUGGAGCUGGUGGAGGGCGCGGUGGAGCGGUGA